GCUGUGCGUGGUUUAGCAUUAAAUUGAAUUAGUAAAAUGUCGCGCAGUGCCUAUAUCGCGUGUCUGCUGGUGUUGGCCUGCACUUGCCUGAUUGCCACCGUAAAUGCAUCGCGCAGCAGCUAUUACAGAGGCUACAAGGUAGCUGAAGCGCCCCCCACUACGCCGCCACCGCAGACGCCCAAGGAGUAUCUGGACAGUAGGGCGGGCCUCAGCACCUUCGGCAUCAUCCUUAUCAUAUUCACGGUCAUCGUGCUUUGCCUGAUCUUCUACUACGGCAUUAUUUGCUAUCCGCUGUUGUGUCGAGAUGAGAAAAAGUAUCGCUUCAUGGAUGUAUCCUCCACAAUCACCGCGGCCACAUCGCGCUCUAUUCAGUCGAUAGAGAACUAUCCUGAGCAGAAGCACCACCAUCAACUUGCCUGAUUCUCCGAAAUUAUUGAUUGAUUAGCCCCUAGGAGAGUAUCGUAGAAUAGUUUUCCGAAUCGAUUCGGAUGCAAAAGACUUUUCCACGAAGAAACACGAAACAAAAUUCAAAAUAAUUAUGCUUAAAAUAUUUAGUAUUAACAUAGCAAUAACCAGUUGAGCACGAAGAACGAAUGGGAAUUAAUCAUUCAUAAUUGUAAAUUGGGUUUCCUACGGAUCCCACAUCCACAUCCCUCCUCAAGGUGUCUGUCUGUCUCUGUCUCUGUCUUUGUUUCUCUGUUUAUCUGUUGUUUCGUUCAUGCGUGUACAUUUACUGUAGGUUCUCGACAGCGCAACAAGUUUGCCUGGCCUGCAGAGACCCUUUUUCACCCCACCUCCUUCUCAUUUUCCCUUUCUCUGGCUCGUCCGGGCCCCGUUCUUUGGCCGUUUUCAUGCUGAGGCCAACAGUUUUUAUUUCUUUUUAUGCAGGUAGUCUCUCAGCCCGGCCGCGUCCAAAACGUUUACACUCUGCGCUGGCCGAGUCUGUCCGAAUGUCCCAAGACAAAGCCAAAGUGUGGCAAUUGAGUCACGUUGUGCGGCGUUGUUUCUGAUGAAAUAUCUUAAAAUUUGGCAAGCAAGACUCUGCUUUGCCUGCGUCUGUGUGAACGAACUUCUUUCGCCCUAAUUUACAUAUCGAAUUGCAUAUAUUAUCUCAUAUCUCUGGUAAGAAACGAAACGAAACGAAAACCCCGAUCGAAUUGAACUCUUUGUGAUGCUUGAAUUUUUCCCAUCCUAUAAAUCAUUUGCCUACAGGUUGUACUUAAAUCGAAACCAAGUACUUAAUAGAGUAUAUGUCAUGCCAAUCAUAGUUUAAGCGCCAAUCGAUUUGCCACCAAGAUACGAGUACCUUCCAUUCGUAAUGCAUUUAGUGCUGCAUCUAAACUAUCAAAUGUGUCAAAUUAUGUACGUUUUUAGACGUCAUUUAGGAUUUAAGCGUAAACCACUUUAUAAUUAUACAUUUUUGGACAUUUUUAUGAGAAUUUUUACAAAAAAUAAACUGCCACGGAUUGAAUGGUGUA